AAACCUUCGAUCUCAUAGACCCAGAGACUGACUGUGAGUUGCGUCCUGAGGUAACAACUUGCACUACCACCCUAUCAAAAGGCCAGUUUAAUAGUGCCAGAUUUGAAAGGUUUUCAAGUUGGAAGGUGCUGCAAAAGGCUAUUGCCAAACUCCAACAUAUAGCUCAAUCAUUCAAGAACAACUCUGAGGUUUCCUGUCGUGGCUGGCACAACUGCAACAAACAUUUAACUGAAAAGUCACUGCAACUAGCCAAGACCACGAUCAUUCGCACCGUUCAAAGAGAGGUCUUCGCAGAAGAUAUUGGAUGCAUUGAAAAAGGCACAGCUCUAAAAAACUCAAGUCCACUCAGCAAACUGAAUCCAUUUGUUGACACGCAAGGGCUCCUUAAAGUUGGAGGCCGACUAAAGAAAGCACAGUUGUCUGCAGAAGAAACCAAUCCCAUACUCGUCCCUGGAAAGCAUCAUCUUGCUCAGCUCAUAAUAAGACACUUUCACGAAAAAUUAUGUCACCAGGGAAGGCAUUUCACGGAGGGAGCAGUCAGAGCAGGGGGCUUUUGGAUUGUGGGAGGAAAAAGAGCAGUAAGCAGUGUGAUUUUCAAGUGCAUCACAUGCCGCAAAUUAAGGGGCAGGCAACCUGAACAGAUAAUGGCUGAACUUCCUGAGGACAGGCUGUCCACGGACCCUCCUUUCACAAAUGUAGGCCUUGAUGUGUUCGGUCCCUGGUCCGUUACAGUGAGAAAAACGCGUGGUGCUAAUGCAGAUGCUAAAAGAUGGGCAGUCAUAUUCACCUGCAUGAGUACACGUGCAAUUCAUAUUGAAGUGAUUGAGUCAAUGGACACAUCGUCGUUCAUUAAUGCACUGCGUCGUUUCUUUGCCAUCCGAGGUGGUGCCAAACUCUUGAGAUCUGAUUGUGGGACAAAUUUUGUGAGUGCCUGCAAAGAGCUCCAAAUAGACAAACUAGGCUGUCACAAUGACAAAAUAGGCACAUUCUUGAAAGACAGUGCGUGCAAAUGGCAGUUUAAUCCUCCACAUGCAUCCCAUAUGGCUGGUUCCUGGGAACGCAUGAUCGGCGUCACCCGAAAAAUCCUCAAUGCAAUGCUCCUUGAACAUCCAUAUGGGAAGCUCACACAUGAAGUACUCGUAACAUUGUUAGCUGAAGUCACCGCAAUUGUAAAUGCCCGUCCGCUAACAGCCGUUUCUACAGAUCCCGAAAACCCAGUCAUUCUUACUCCUGCGAUGCUACUCACGCAAAAGGUUGGCACACCACCGAUUCCACCAGGGCAGUUUCAGACCAGUGACCUAUUCAAAGCCCAAUGGAAGCGCGUGCAGUACUUAGCUAAUGUUUUCUGGAGUCGUUGGCAGAAAGAAUACAUCGCAGGCUUGCAGGUUCGUCGCAAGUGGAAAAUAAAAAAGCCGAACCUUCAAAUGGGCGACGUUGUUUUAAUGAGGGAGUCUCUGGAACAUAGGAAUAAUUGGCCACUCGGACUGAUCACAAAAUCUUUCCCAAGUGAGGACGGUAAUGUCAGAAAAGUUGAGGUUAAGAUUUUCCGAAACGGCGAGAAUAGGUUUUACAUUCGCCCAAUUCGUGAAGUUGUGCUUUUGAUGUCUAAGGAUAGCAUGUAAAACGAGUUAUUGUUGUGUAUCGUUCAUUAGUUAAGAGCUGACAUCUUGCAGAUGUCAGGCGGGGAGUGUUAUGUCCUCUGGUCUUAUGUUGACUACUUUUUGGGUUUAAUUUCUUUCUAAGAUUGUACAUUGUUCAUCCGUCCACAGGAUGUCGCUAUUCUAACUCAGAAUCUUAAGUUUUUCUUUGGUAUUGCUGUUUGCGCUCGGCUUCCCCUAGUGGCGACUUGCUGUAAGCAGCAGGCAGAAAGAACUUUUUAUUUCAGUUGGAAAAGAGGCCUUGAGGUGUUAAGACGUUACACACCUCCUCUGCACCAUACAUCGUUGGGAACCCUUGACAAAACAAAAUCUUUUUACCACACACACACGCACACACGUUGACACAAAGAAAUAAAUGAGAGGAAGGAGUUCGGGCCUCCAAGUUUCUUUGUCGGU